AUGGCAUACAGUGUUAAUCAAACAUCUAAUAGCAAGUUGCCUCUCGUUCCAGGUAUCCAGACUCUGAUGACCUAUGAUGGAUAUAGAAAGUUCUUCGGUGACUGUAACGAUUCUUCGGAUAUAUUUUCUCACCAAGCAGCUUUAUUUAAUAAGUGUCAAGCAAAUCAGUGGAUAAACACACUGAAGAGCUCAGGAUUCUACGAUUGGAUAAAGCCAUUGGUCGAAAUGCGUGAUAAAUUCUCUCAGCGUAGAGAAUUUACGAAAGAUAACUGCGUUACUCUUAUGCAAUUUUACUCGCUUUUGGAAAAUGUCUUCCGUAAUACCUUGCUCUAUCCGUACAUUUCCGCUUAUCGUACAAUUAACAAAGAUUGUGGCCGAUAUCGUUCGUUUAUCGAGCCCCAUGAAACUAAGAUGCCAUUUCAAGAGCUUCAAUUCAACUCCACUGGCCCAAAUCUGCUGACUUAUACAGAGAUCGAUCCACAAAGAACGAUUAUUUAUGCGUUAACUUGCAGUAUUUUUUAUCAUCAUGAUCUGGCGAAACUUCAAAACCAUUAUGUAGAGUCUACGCGCAGACAAUAUAGUAACUAA